AUGUUUCAGGGCCAUUCCCCCACACAGUGGUGGUGGGAAAACAGGCCUGUUGGUGUUGGGAAAAACACACUGGUCAAAAAGUUAAUGAUAGACUGGACAGAUGGCAACCUCACAAGGAAAUUCCAAUAUAUUUUCUAUCUCAACUUCAAGGAACUCAACCAGAUGGGAUCAUGCUGUUGUGCUGAACUGAUUGCCAAGUACUGUCCUAAGUUGAAAAUGCCUUUCUGGAGUGCCAAGGAGCUAGAGACAAAGUUUGGCUACCAAGUGUCAAGUGGGGUCAAAGAGGAAUUGCUGAAAUGGAAAGUGAAGUCCAAUAAGAAUAAGCCCUUCUCGUUAAUGACUUUGAAGGAGAUUUUUCACUGUCUCUAUGAAUCUCAGGAGGAGGAAUUUGUGAAGGAUUCAAUGGCCCAUUUUAAUGAACUGUCUCUACACUUAAAAAAUGAAACUGACAUUACACAUACUGCUUACUGCCUCAAGUGUUGUCAAAAUCUGCAGAUUUCACGUAAGGUAACAAAGGAGAUGUUUCUGGAGAAUAAAUCCUUGAAAUCAAACUCUGAGAUUCAGGGGUACAAGAAGGAGCAACACAUUCGUUCUAUCUGGAUGGAAUUCUGUUGCACGUUCGGAUGGUAUCUGUGGACAUCAAUCAAAAUUUCCUUAGAGGCUCUGCAGUGA